AUGUGCCCUUGCUCGAUAUGGUCAGACAGCAUGGGUUUCGGACCACCGUUCAUCUCGCGGAAGCACAUCCCCGAUCGAAUCGGGCACGGAACCAUGCUACCCGUACCGGGUUCAGUUGUCCAUUCGAUAGAGUCUCAGCGAGCGAUUGAUUUGGUGAGGAAGUAUCGUGUGCCCAUUGGUAAGUCCGCUCAAUCCUGUCUAGCUUCAUUUUGUUGCCACCGCAUUCACGAUGCUAUGAACCCUCUUAAAUAG